AUUAAUAAUUCAUUUUAACUGUUUCAGCUCCAAAGACGGUCAGUUCAUUAAGGCCCCCGAGGGUGAUCGCCUCAGAAUGUUGCUGAAUGACAUCAGGAAAUGGGAGGAUGUGCUUGGCCGGGAGUCAGAAAAGUUUGGUGGAGACACACUUCUCAAUGGCCAGGAACAGCUGAUGGUGAUUAGGAGACAGAUGGAUGGUUGGACAGAUAAUGCCCUCAAAGUCUUCAACCGCCACCGAAAGGAACCCAACGUCAACCAUCCAAGUCAAGACAGCAUGAACAUCCUGAAUGAGGAAGUGGAAGAACUUCUCAAACAGUUUAACAACAGAAUCACUGGGGAGAAUGGGAAACGGAAAAAGGUUGUUUUUAAAAAGUAUGGUGUUGCUCCCAAUGCAAUCCACCUGUUGAACGCCCUGGAGACGUGGGACAUGCGAGUGUCUUCAGCACUCAAUGGGACUCUUCCUAUACAUGAUAACGAGUGGGGAGCUCUUUGUCAGCUGAUGGAGGAGUGGCUGACCGCAGUGGACGCAGCGUCAGAGUAUGUGGGCACCACACAGAGCGAGGAGGAGCGGGACGAGGGCAAGCCACACACGAGCAGAAAGCGAUAUGACUUUCCUGGUAUUGUGGUGACAGACACCAUCAGGAAGGUACAGAAAUGGACGACUACAUCCACAAAUGCAAUUGACAGCGAAGAUGCAAAGCUAGUAGAACAGGUGUCGUCACUACACUCCUUCAUGGUGAGAUGGAUGGUACAGAUGCUUCUGAGACUGGCCCCAGACAGGGAAGAUAACUCCAAGGAGGCCAGCGAGAUGGCACUACUGGGCAGUGCUCCUCUAAGCGAUCUCCAUUCCAAAAUCAAGACACUUUUUGAACAGCUGGAAAUGUUCACAAAUUAUGUUGCUCUACGUAACAUAGAAAUACACUAUGAUGAGAGAAAAGACACUGACGGAGAUGAGGAUUACAGUACAGAUGAUACAGAUGAUAGUGAUGAGGGAGGUGAACCAGAUGACGAUUGCUGUAGUGGAAUUGUGAUGGAUAACACACAGGUGCGCCGGGACAAUAGGGAGGAUAAUGCAGACCACGAACUGAAGGAUCUACAACGCUUACGGUAUGAAUGUGAAGACUGGAUUAAGACAGCCAAAAUGUUGACCAGCCAGUUGUUGGGAGAGUCAGUUCUCUCUCUCUUCCCACUACCAAUCCAAACAGAUGACAAGGUGCUCAAACCACGCACGGAAUCCAUGGUAACAGACGUUGACCUUUAUCAUGAUCAUGAGAAACUAAAGAAAGCUGCAGAAAAUCAAGCUGAACAGGGAACUCCUUCUGAGGUGAAGGAACCAGAGACAAAACCAAAUGAGGAUACCAAGCCACCUGAGCCAACCUCACCCAAGGAAAAGGAGCAACAGUCAACAGAGGAAGCUACAAAAGAGGAAGCCCCACCUCCAGUAGAGAGCGCUGAGCAACUUUCAUUGGAAGUCAAGGCAAAGGAAGUAGAGGUUGAUGCCCUAGAAAGGUUGGAAGUCAUAGGCCAAGAUGACAACACUCAUGUACAAAAACUGGAUCAGACACCUCUAGAACCUGUGGCACCUAAGGAACCACCCCCUGCAGUAAGAACGGUUGAUGCUCCAGACACACACAAGGCUUUCCAGGCGCUCACUGCCAUGGACUCACUCCAGAACCAGCUCAUAGAUACAGAAGAGCGUGCCCAGAAAGCUGAGGAGCGGGCUGCCACCGCCGAGACUGAUCUAGCAUCUGCUGAGGAGAAACUCCGUGAAUUGGAGAAAAAAUUGAUGAAAUAUGAACAAACAGAGGGAUCAGAGGGGAGAUCAGUGUCGGUGUCCCCAGCCAAGGCACCCGCCUCUCCAGCCCCAACCACACCCAAAGAUCCCUCAGACACCAAGGAGGAAAAGAAACGCCCCGAAUCUCAGGCCUCCAAGGGCAGCAGUAAAUCGAAAAAGAAGAAAGAUAAAUAAAUAAAAACACUUGCCAUAAUCUUCGAACAAGAACUUCAUUUUCCUGAACUCGACCCACUCUAACAGAUACAGCGUAUCAGGAAACAGAAACAUAACUUUCUUUUUCACUACUAUGGACUUUUGUUUUGUUAACACCCGAACAUAGAAUUGUUUUGUAUGCUUCUACUUACUAACUAAAAAAAGGAAAUAUUUUGUAAAUUAACUACUGGUAGCAGCUUUGUAGUCUACAGAGAGUAUAUGUAAGCAUACUAAGCAUAAGCAAUGUAUGUGAAGAAGUGAAGAGUUGAUGUGUAAGACUGUUAUUCCUGGUCUGAACUCAGUGUGAUAUUUUAUCUACAUUGUACCUGUAUAUUCCGUCCAUAAGAGUGAGAUGAUAGUGUUCAGUGUUUUGUGUGUCACCAUCCUCUUUGUUAAUCCUCUACACCUGUACUGCUGACGAAUAGAACUAAAUAUUUUGUAACUUUUCACUUUAUAGAGUUUAUCGUAUUCCUCAGUAUUAUUUUCCCAGUAUUAUGUUGUAUAACUGGUGUUACUGCUGAGAUGUAUUACCGUAUUACCCAACAAGGUUCUAACUACUGAGGCUAUGUUGUAAGCACAGGGUCUUACGACGUUAUGUAACAGGACUGUCCGAGACUUUGGAUUCUAUGUUUUAAGUAAGCCACACAUCACAUUUGUUGGAUGUUAUGAAUGUUUUGUACACAUUCCUGAUCUUGUCUGUGAUAUUGGUGAACUGUCUGCUGAGUCCCUGUCCAACCCCUGGAGUAGGGGUCUUUAGAUACGUUUAUUGAAAUAUGAUGAUGAUAUAUAGUGAUUUGCAGAGCAAACCAGAUACCUUGUCUUUAAUAUAACCUAUUAUAUAUUUGAUAGAACAGUAUUUUUGUUAUCAUUGAUUCAACAUACAAUAUUGUAUCAUUGUCUUCAUUAAAUAUUCAUAUAAACUAUAAGCAUUAUUUGUAAAACUGGAACAUGUAUGUGUUGAUAUAUUGCUGUCCCAGCUAGGCAUUGUAGGUUAGGCUGGACUUUGUUGCACAAUUCUCACCAGAUCUGAUAGACUCUAUAGACUUGGGUGUAAAUAUAAUGGUGGACAUCGGUACAUUUUUGGGAAGACCACGCUCUGAUAUUGGUCAGAUUUUCCUGGGAUCAGACAGUAUUAUUAGCUGGGGUAACAAAAAGCUGCUGAAGAAACCAAUGCUGUGAUGCUCUAAAGACUGUAUUUUGUUAUAUUGUGAUCUUCACAUGUAUGGUAUUUCUGGAUAUAGUCUCUAUGUUGAAUCACUCUAUAUUUAAUAAAUGUCAUUUUUAUAUA